GCUGCUGCUGCUGGCGGCCGCGGGGCCGGCGCGCGCCUGGGAGAGCGGAGACCUGGAGUUGUUCGACUUGGUGGAGGAGGUGCAGCUCAACUUCUACGAGUUCCUGGGGGUCCAGCAGGAUGCUUCAUCUGCAGACAUUAGAAAAGCAUAUCGUAAGCUUUCACUAACUUUGCAUCCAGACAAGAAUAAAGAUGAGAAUGCAGAAACUCAAUUUAGACAAUUGGUGGCCAUUUAUGAAGUUUUAAAGGAUGAUGAACGAAGGCAGAGGUAUGAUGAUGUUCUGAUCAAUGGACUUCCAGAUUGGCGACAGCCUGUAUUCUACUACAGGCGGGUGAGAAAAAUGAGCAAUGCUGAGCUGGCAUUACUCUUGUUCAUUAUUCUCACAGUGGGUCAUUAUGCUGUGGUUUGGUCAAUCUACCUGGAAAAACAACUGGAUGAACUGCUCAGUAGAAAAAAGAGAGAAAGAAAAAAAAAGAUAGGCAACAAGAGUGCGGAUGUAUCAAAACUUGGUGCUUCAGAAAAAAAUGAAAGACUGCUGAUGAAGCCACAAUGGCAUGAUUUGCUUCCAUGCAAGCUGGGGAUUUGGUUUUGCCUUACACUAAAAGCAUUGCCUCAUCUAAUCCAGGAUGCUGGGCAGUUUUAUGCUAAAUAUAAAGAAGCAAGAUUGAAGGAAAAGGAAGAUGCAUCGACUAGAGCUGAACUUGAAGCACUUCAAAAGCAGAAGAAAGUUAAAGUAAAAAAACCAAAACCUGAGUUUCCUGUAUAUACGCCUUUAGAAAGUGCCUAUAUUCAGUCUUAUGAUCAUGGAACUUCUAUAGAAGAAAUUGAGGAACAAAUGGAUGAUUGGCUGGAAAACAGGAACAGAUCACAGAAAAAACAGGCACCUGAAUGGACAGAAGAGGACCUCAGCCAGCUGACAAGAAGUAUGGUUAAGUUCCCAGGAGGGACCCCAGGUCGAUGGGAAAAGAUUGCCCACGAAUUGGGUCGAUCGGUGACAGAUGUGACAACCAAAGCCAAGCAAAUGAAGGACUCAGUCACCUGCUCCCCAGGAAUGGUUAGACUCUCUGAACUCAAGUCAACAGCGCAGAGUUGCAGGCCCAUCAAGACCCCCGCGGCCUUGCCAGAUGACAUCAUCACCCAGCGAGAAGGUGCAGAGCAGCCCAUGGAAGAGGAGGAGGAGGAGGAUGAGCAGGAGGAGGAGGACGGUGAGCAGGAGGCAGUGGUCCCAGAGAGCCGGCCACGGCGGCGGAGGCCAGCCAGGCUGCCAGAUGCGGGGACGAAGACCGAGCCAGAGGAGAAGUUCAGAGGAAAGAGGCAGAAGGACUUUGAUGUAGCAGAACAGAAUGAGUCCAGCGAUGAGGAGAGCCAGAAAAAAGAGAGAACUCGUGCUGCAGAGGAGCCAUGGACUCAGAAUCAACAGAAACUUCUGGAAUUAGCAUUACAGCAAUACCCAAAGGGAUCUUCUGACCGCUGGGACAAAAUAGCCAAAUGUGUCCCAUCUAAGAGUAAGGAAGACUGUAUCGCUAGAUACAAGCUGCUGGUUGAACUGGUCCAAAAGAAAAAACAAGCUAAAAGCUGAAUAUCCUGGAAGAUGAUGUUCACCUUCAUUUUCCAAAAUGAUUAUUUUAAAAAUCUUAUGCAGAAAUUUGCAUUUUGUACCUCAGUAUUUCUAUACGUCAUGUGCCUUAGUAAAAAAAUUAAAAAAAUUAAAAACAAAUGUUGUGUUAUGUCGUUUAAACAAA